AAGGCCCAUGGACUCAAAACUUUCUUGUCUGGGGUACUUACACAAGCUCGUUUAGCUAGAAAUGAAAGAAGGUGUUUCACAAAAUUUCUCAAUGGUGUGGCCUUUAGUGAAGUCUUUGCUAUGGGCUUUGUUACUCUUUGUUCAAAUUCAUGAGCACAGAGCUUGUAUUGAGGAAGAGAGGACGGGUCUUCUAGAAUUGAAAGCCUUCCUAAAAUCUCACACUAAUUAUACCAAGCCCCUUCUUCCAACAUGGGUUUAUGAGACACAGGAUGAAUGUUGUAGUUGGGAGCGAGUCAACUGUAGCCCCACCACUGGUCAUGUGAUCAAUCUCAUGCUCUCCAAUAUAAAUGAAGAGCAAACUUCGACUGAUUACAAGGGGACUUGGUUCCUAAACGUGUCCUUGUUGCAUCCUUUCAAGGAGCUAAGAAUUCUUGAUAUAUCUGACAACGGAAUUUCUGGUUGGUUAGGAAAUGAAGAAUCCAAUUGUUUGUCUAAAAUGAGCAAGUUGGCGCACUUAAAUUUUAGUUGGAAUUACUUUGACAAGGAAAUUUUAAGAUCCUUAGGUGCCCUCCCUGUUCUUAAAUCGCUUGACCUAUGUCACAAUGACAUGGAAGGGCCUCUUUCUAGCCUCGAAUCCAAUUGUUUGUCUAAAAUGAGCAAGCUGGCGCACUUAAAUUUAAGUUGGAAUAACUUUGAUAAGGAAAUUUUAAGAAUCUUAGGUGCCCUCCCAGUUCUUAAAUCUCUUGACCUAAGUUACAAUCAAAUGGAAGGGCCUCUUCCUAGCCACGGACUGGUUAAUCUAAGCAACUUGGAGGUCCUCAACUUGAGUGAAAAUCGUCUUAGUGGAAGCCUACCAUUCAAGGAACUGGUUUAUCUAAGCAACUUGAAGGCCCUCAUCUUGGUUAAAAAUGGCCUUAACGGAAGCCUACCAUUCAAGGAUAUGGCAAAUUUCAGCAGUUUGGAGAUUUUAGAUUUGAGUAAAAAUGAUUUCACUGGAAGCAUUACUCCAUAUAUCGGAGCGUUAUCUUCUCUCAAGGCUAUAUCAUUAUCUUCGAAUAAACUUAAUGGAACUUUAAACACUCCAGAGUUGUGUACGCUGAAGAAACUUGAAGAAAUGGAGCUUGCUCAUAAUGACUUUGAAGGAAUGCUUCCUCCAUGCCUAAACAAUUUGACAUCUCUUCGGUACCUAGAUAUAUCCGACAAUGGGUUUAGUGGAAAUUUGUCUUCAUCUCCAAUAGCCAGCCUGACAUCCCUUGAGCACAUUAAUCUGAGUUAUAAUCAGUUUGAAGAAUCAUUCUCAUUCAGCUUAUUUGCUAAUCACUCCAAGCUUAAGGUGAUUCAAUUUUUGAGUGAUAACAACAAACUUGUCAUGGAGACUGAGAGUCACAGUUUGGACCCUUUGUUUCAAUUAAAGGUCCUAGUACUGUCUAAUGGGAAUCUCAACAACCCCACCUGCAACUUUCCUAAGUUUCUCUUGGACCAACAUGAAUUGGAAUUCGUUGAUAUCACUCACAGUAAUUUGAGUGGAAGCUUCCCCAUAUGGAUGCUUGAAAACAAUACUAGACUACAACAGUUAAAUCUUCGAAGUAACGCUUUCACGGGCGAGUUUCAUUUGUCAUCAGAUCACUACAUGAAUCUUUUUUCUUUGGAUCUCUCAGACAAUCACUUUCAUGGGAAACUUCAAGAAAAUAUCGGAAAGAGGAUUCCAAAAUUAAGGUAUCUAAAUUUAUCCCAUAAUCAAUUUGAAGGUAAUCUUCCAUCCUCAAUAGGUGACAUGAGUAAUUUGUGGUUUUUGGACUUGUCCUUUAAUAAUUUUUAUGGAGAGGUACCAAUGGAAUUGGUUGCUAAUUGCACCUCCUGUGGAGUUUUGAGGUUAUCUAAUAAUAAAUUUUGCGGUGAAAUUUUCUCUAAUCACUUCAACCUAUCCUUGAUUUCUUUAGAAUUGCAAAAUAAUAAUUUCUCAGGCACUCUUCCAAUUGUACCCUUAAAGGUAAAGUCGUUCCUAAAUAUUAGCAACAACCACAUGACAGGUACAAUUCCUCUAUGGAUAGUAAAUUCUAGUACGUCACCAAGGAAGGAGGUCGUUGAUCUUAGUAACAACUUUUUCGAAGGUCAAAUUCCGUGUGGACUAGCUUCAUCUGAUGUAAUAAACCUUUCUUAUAACUUGCUUUCAGGAUUGUUACCUUCUUGCUUGAAUCUACAGGAUGUUGUGCACUUACUUUUGCAAGGGAACAAACUCACAGGGUCACUACCAAAAACAAUUCUCAAUUCAUCAUCUCUUUCGACAUUGGACAUUAAAGAUAAUUUCUUUAACGGUAGCAUCCCUGAUGAAAUUGAUGGACUUUCCAGCUUAAAAGUGCUUUCGUUGAGUGGCAAUCAUUUUAGUGGUGUGAUUUCAAAGCGAUUAUGUCGGUUAAAGUGGAUAGACAUAAUGGAUCUUUCCAAUAACUUUUUUUCUGGGACAAUACCGUACUGCUUUAAUAACAUAUCCUUUGGGAAGCUAGCACCUAGUUAUUUUGUCUAUACAUCUGGCUUUACUUUGGGGAUAGGAGGUGAUUUCUUUCCAUAUAAAUCUCUUCUAAAUAGGGAUUUUGAAAUUGAAUGGCCAACUUUUUACUUAUAUGAACAAAUUGAGAUUGAGAUUGUGACGAAAUAUAGGCCUGACUUGUACAAGGGUCUCAACCUUGAUUUGAUGUCUGCAUUGGAUUUGUCAUUAAACAAUCUAAUAGGUGAAAUUCCACCAAAGCUAGGACAAUUAUCUUCACUUCAUGGACUAAACUUGUCUCACAAUCAGUUGACAGGUCCUAUUCCAAAAUCGUUCUCAAAUUUGACUCAAUUAGAAAGUUUAGACCUUUCUCACAACAAUUUGAGUGCGGAAAUUCCUUCGUCAUUGAUUGAUAUCAACUCUCUUGCAGUUUUCAAUGUGUCUCACAACAACUUAUCAGGUAAACUUCCAGACUUUAAAGCACAAUUUGGAACAUUUGAAAAGAGUAGCUAUGAAGGAAAUCCAUUUCUUUGUGGUCCACCACUAGAGAAAAGUUGCACGGAGAAAGAUGAGUCACCUCAAUCUCCGCAAAAAUCUUCAAAGGCAAGUGGGGGAAAACGUCAUGAAGCUGAUCUAUUCUUCUAUGCAAGUUUUUGGGUAUCAUACAUUAUUUUCUUUUUCGGUGUGAUCAGUAUUCUUUAUAUUAAUCCUCAUUGGCGGCAACGAUGCUUUAACUUGGUUGAGGAUCGUAUGUACUGGUGUUACCAUUUUGCUCUAAAUUCUCAAAAGCUGCUAAACCGUACGUGUAUUAGAUGUACUCUAUUUACAUAGAAAUCGUUGGUGAUAGUAUUGAUAAAUACCUAUGUGUAUGUGUAUGUUUGGUUAUGAAUAAUAUGGUUAUCAUGCUCUAUUA